UUACCGCCGACAACGGACGUGUGAAGGUAGUUGAAUGGUGGUAUCUGAUGAAAGCAUGAGAACGCGGUGGCAAUGUUGCGCCUCCACGGUGCUGGUGAUUGUGUUAUUGGUGUCUAACAAAGAGGCGACCGCCAGGAAUCAAACUGUCGAACAGAGAAUCCGCGAUGACCCUGAUCUGUCAGAGUUUUAUUCGCUGCUGGAAAACAGCGCCGUAGCAAACAUCACGCUGCAGUUCCGACAGGUGACUCUGUUCGCGCCCACGAACUUUGCGUUCCAGACGUACACCGGCAGCAAAGAUGACCUAAUCCUCUACCACAUGACUAAUUUGGCGAAGCCACUGGACCAGUUGGAAGGCUCUGUAUCAUCUGAACUUGACGGGAAUCCACCAAUCUGGGUAACACGAAUCAAGGGUCCGUACAGGGAUAACCUGUAUGUGAACAAUGCAAAGAUCCUACAGGACCGCUCUAACUAUAUUCAGAUGAAUCAUCAGCAUAAACAGCAGGUUCUGCAUGUAAUCGACCAGGUGCUGGUGCCUGUCAGAUCAGCCAAUAAGGAUACUGUGCAGAUAUACAAUCCAGAUGCUUUUCAAUUCCUCAACCAGUCUGAGAACCUUGAUCUCGAACAUCACAGAGUCAGGUCCUUCCGACAGCGUGUGAACCAGAAUAACAAAGGAAAUGUAUUUCUGGCAGAGGGAAAAAACACGUUUUUCAUUCCUGUUGAUGAAGGCUUUAAGCCUACUCCACGACCUGAAAAGAUUGACCAGAAGGUUAUUGAUGGCCAUGUAAUUCCAAACCAUGUGCUAUUUACGGAUGCAACUCCCAAAGACAAGGACUAUGAGACCUUGGCAUUUAGUGACAAUGUGAGGGUGACUAUCUCAUUCUCCACCCAGUCUAAUGGGAAGACAUCUUCAUAUUAUGUGAAAAGCAACACAAUAGUGGGGGAUCCAAACCACAUAGAAGGAGUUGUGCUGGCCGAGAUUGUGAAGGCAAAUAUUCCUGUGAGGAAUGGAGUGGUACAUUUGAUCCAUCGGCCACUUAUGGUUGUGGACACAACAGUGAAACAGUUCCUAGAAUCAUUCAAGAGUACUGGUAUUUUUGACCAGGAGGAUGGACCACUGUACAAAUUCUAUAAUAAGAUUCGGGAUGAAGGUGGAGACUUUAUGCAGGAGAUCACCAGAAUGAGAGAUCUCACAUUGUUUGCACCCUCCAACUCAGCAUGGUCUGCUGCCAAAAUUGACACUUUAUAUAACCCUGAUAAACUACGUGAGAUAUUAAACCUGCAUCUUGUUCGUGAGCGGCUGACUGUAGAGAAGAUUCGGGAUGAAAAUGUGAACCAGGUACAAACAGCUGCUGAGCGCAAGAAGCUGUACUUCAAUGUGAUCAGGAAUGGCCACAAUGUCACAUUGACUGUUGAGGGUGGUGGGGUCAAUGCUACAGUGAUAGAGCCAAACAUUGCAGCUACCAAUGGAUUUGUCCACAUCAUAGACCGUGUUCUGGGAGUUCCAUACACAAAUGUAAAGGAGAAGCUUCAGUCUGACCCCAUGUUAAACAACACAUACCAUCUUGGUCAGCAGGGAAACUUCAAUGACGAGCUGGGUGACAAGACAAAAAGGUUUACAUAUUUUGUACCUAGAAAUCAUGCCUGGCAAAAAGCUGAAAUACAUUUCCCUUCUGCACACAAGAAGCUGUUCAUGAAGGAUUAUGGCUACCAUGUACGACAGAUCCUUGAGAGACAUCUAGUGGUGGCAGAUCGAGCAUAUACAAUGGCUGACCUGAAGCACCUUGCCAAUGACACAGUUGUCCUUCCAACUGUACGAGACCACCUCAAACUUCGGGUCAAGGAAUCCGAUAAAAGUUACUAUGUGGAGUGGCAAGGAGAGUGGAUCCAUGUGUACCGGCCAGAUGUGGAAUGCACCAAUGGAAUUAUUCAUGUCAUUGAUUCAGUAUUCCUCAAAGAAAGUGAUGUACGGGUGUCAGGAAACCCACCAGUUCCACUUAUGUCCCCACACGUGACCAUCAUGCUGUCUGUGGCCAUGCUUUUCUCUGUGAAGUGGCUGCUCCUCUAGUGGCCACCUCCUAGAUGAAUUGGUUUAAUUGUAAGCCUGUUUAGUAGAACAUCUUCUAGGCCUGGUAGAGAUUUUACACCAGGAUGUGGUAAGAAUGAUCAGCACUAGUCAGGGUUAUUGUCCAGCUAGAAAUUAUGGAAUUAAACCGACUUCACCCUAUGAAAUAUUGUCAAAUUUCAGUAUUAUACUUAAAGUAAUUAAAAUAUUUCUGAAAGCUUAAAAAUAUGAUAAAGCUAGUAAAACUAUUCUAUUAUUUUCUCUUUGAAGCAGGGGCAGAAAGGAGGGACACACUUUGUAGCAGGUACAGGGAAUCAGAAAUUUGUCCUUGUAAAAAAUGCCUGAAUAUAAGGAAAUUGUUUCUGUUAGGAAUGUUUGGAACAAAAAAUUAAAACUAUUGUGAAAUUACACUUGAAAUCCAUAAACUUGUGGUGAUAUGCCAGAACCAGAAACAUUUUAGCUUAAUGUAGUUCAGUUUAUUAUUUUUCAAUCUAAUAUGGUAGCUUUUGUUAUUUCUCUUUCUGUUCUUGAACAAAGAAAGUUUGACUGUCCAUUGCUGUUUUCCUGUAAGUGAUAAAUAAAUUCAUGUUUCCCACUCACUUCAGCUGGACAUUAUGUACCCUAAUGAGUUAGUGAAGUUUAGCUCUGGCUCAAAGAAAUGUAUUUUUGAGAUAGUCUGAGUUAAAGCCUUUUGUUGCAUGGUAGUGCAUCAGGCAUAACUGUUUUGAUAUCUGAGCAAUGAAAGCAAGAAGAAUAUUUUGCUGCACUGUCAACGAGGAAAGUUACUGUCAUGUUCUGUUACGUCAUGGCACAUCUGUAGAGUUACAGGGUAGCAAUUUAUAUUAGUCUUUGCAGAAAGGGGUUUAAAUAAGUGUAUCUACUUACCAGGCUAGAGUUUAAAAUUACUUUUCCUACAACCACAAGAAGUUAAUUGUUGCUGUGUCUGAGUUGGUACCACUAGUCAACACUACUAUAUUGCAGCAAUGGUAUGUCUCUCCUCUUUCCAGUUUCUCUAAAACAAUGGAAAAGGAAGAACAUGUUCAUUAUCUGAUUGAAAGAAGAACUGAGGCACAGAGAAAUAGGUGACAAUAUUCAAAUGGUCAUUAAUUUAUAACUGCCAAGAUAUGGCUAAGUCUAAUCACAAUAUUUCUGUGUGUUGUCAUGACAUUAUAUAAUAUUUAAUUAGCAGUUGGAAUUCCUCUGUGAAUAUUGUUUUUGUCAUAUAUAUCAAGUGAUAACAACAACUUGAUACGAAUAUCAUGUUGCAUAGUGUGACACAGAUUAGUGUCAGAAGGGUACAAACAUUUCAUUUUUUUUGUGAGAAAAUUAAUUCAGUUUUAUUUUUGAAAUAGUUUUCCAUGAAUAUGAUAAUAAUAAUAACAAUAUGUCAUACAAAAAAUAUGCAUUUCCUUCUUGUCUGGACCCAUCACAGAUGUUUCAGAAUAGGAAGUAUUGCUAUAAUUUAUAUUGGCUGAAAGAGUGAAGCAUUUAAUUUUAAGGAAAGUUCAUUUGGCAUGUUGAUUUUAACAUAUAAACUGCAUGAAGUGUUCUAAAGUUAUCAAGCUGUUGAUGUAAGAUUUUGCGCAACUUUGAAGAGAUUAUAUGUAAAACUGGAAGAAGUUGCAGACGGUUUGAGUAUUUCACAGAUGUAUAACAGCAGUAAACUUUUGUGAUUUCAUUGAAAUUCUCAUACCAUUUGAAACGAGGAUUUUAUACAUCAUAGAUCAGGGUGAAGUAACCACUGUUAGUCAAUAAUUAGAGUGGCAUAGUAAAUGUACCUCCAUUAUCUUACAUGAAUGUAAGGUAUACUUCUGUAUGACAGUGGUGACAGAUUUUUCGUUAUAGUACCCUACAAUUUUUAGAUGUAUAUCAUUCUUCAUGUGUAGGUGUAAUGCAGCGCAGAGAAAUAUGCUAAUACAGCUAAGUGAUGUCAUGGGUUUGCAGUCAUGCAUUCAUGUUGUUAACAUAUUUUCUGAUGUUGCUAGAAGACAGAACAGAACAGUAUGAAUUACCAAACAACAGACAUUAAUAACAUAACCACAUCAGAGUAGAAAAGAAAAAACUUCAACUGUAGCAUGGUCAUUGUCUGUUUAACAAAUCUGUUCUAGAAGGAGAGAUUCUUAUUCUAAACUUACUGAAUCUGAUGUUUUACUUUCUUGAGCUACAUAUCUGCAUCAUCUUUGUUGAGAGCAAGUUCUUUUUAUGUCCCUUCAGUUGUAGCAGCCGAUGCCACUAAGGCUGUAAGUUUUUAAAUAUUAUAUGGUAUAUUAUAUAUAAGCUAAGUACAGGUUACAUAAAGAUAUAUAUUAUAUGAAACUAAUUUUAAAAGUGGAUAGCCUUGCCAGAUAUUUAUUUUAAUGAAAAAGAAAUAAGAUUACCAUUAAAUAUCUAUACCGAAGUUUCCAUAAUUACCACAUUUAAAUGGUGUCCACCCUCUGUCCACACAUUGUUCUGCUGUUAAACAAAAUUUGAAGCAUUUCAGUGUUUGGAGCAGGUUCAUGCAACUCUGAUGCCAGUAGAAAUUUCAGUUGUGCUUUGCAUCUAUCAUAAUUGUUCCAGUGCUGAAUAGAAGUUACAAAAUGGGCUUUCUCCUUUAUAAAAUAUUACAAAUGUCAAUUUCAUCAUUAAGCAUUUAUUAUAAAUAAUUACUUUAAUUUGGAAACUUAAUGGGUGGUUUAAUUACUGCUUUUUUUUUUUUACUUUUUUUUUUCCCCAAAUAGUCUCAUAACAUGUGACUUCUACUCUGAGUGUACUUCAGGGUCAGAAAACUACACCUACAGUUUUAUUUUAUAGCUCCCUGAAGAGUGCAGGGAUGAGAACAUGUGUCUUAGGGUAAGAAUGCUACAUAAUUUUACAGUUUACUGCAAAAAGUAACUAUGAAGUUGAAUAACAUUGUAGCUGAAGGUCGUAAAACAAGAAAGUAAAGUUGGCAAUUGUCAGACUGAAGCCUAUUUUGUAACUUGGCAUCACAAAGCUGAGAGUGUGUUAUAACAAGAGUUCAAUACAAUUUCUGGUAGAAAAGUGCCUAUGGCAUUGAGAUUUAUUUUUGAAGUAGGUGAUGUUGAAUUGCUUCAUUCUUUCUUCAAAACAAAAUAGUAGGUGUGCUUUUACAACAUUCCAUGUGAUUUUGGCUUUAGAAUGGAACAUAAGUAUUUUAUGAAAUGAUCCUAUUCGUCAUUGAGAGCUUUGAUUAUUUUUGUCUAUGAUGUAAAUUUCACACUUUUAAUGCAGUAAAUGUGUUUUUAUCAUCCAUACAUUGUGGUCGUGAUUUUUCAGGAAUAUUGCCUGUAAAACUAGCUUGUGAUAGGAAUAUUUGUAUGUAUGUGAGAAUGAGCGGACAGUGUAUAUUAUGAUUAUUAUAUUGUUAGUAUAUUUCAGUGUGUGAUCGGCUAUCGUCAAUGUUCUGUAUACGUUUUAGUGUUUCAUUUUUAUAUAAAUAUUAGUGGUACUAUAAUGAAAUGCUUCAGAUUUUGAUAUUGAGACAAGGAAUUGUUCCUCAUUGUCUCCCCAUCCAUUGUAAUGUAACAUAUAUCGCAUUAGUUGUAGUAACUAUUGCAGAGAAUGUUUGAAAUUUCACAGUAAUUUUAAAAAAAGAAAAAAAAAAUACAAUUCUAAUAAUGGAGCGUGAACUUAAUUGAAUGCAGCAGGGGAUGUAUUCUAUAGCUCUUAGUUUCUGCCUUUUGUGAGCUAACCUUGAUGAAAUCCAAAAUGAACACACUGCCGAAUCUCAUGGGGGCAUGAACACUCAGUGGUCCAUCCUGAAGGAUGGCACUCAGAUGUGAUUAGUGCAGUGCAGAUGAUUUAAAUUAAAGUGUAUUUUUAGAUGUAAAUUGCUUAAACCUUUGCCAAGAGCUUGCCUGUGGCAUCUACAUCAAUUAUUUGUGGGGCCAUGGUGAGAUGUAGCUACAUGUCAUGCUAUGAUCUUAAAUAUGACAUUGCAUCUGAGCAUGGUCCAACUCUCACAGUGGGAGAACGGUGUUAGCACCAACAUAUCUCGAACUUUAUUUCAUGUUACAUGUAACUGAAAUUAUUGUUCUCUUGCCUAAAAUCCAGUUUCAUUAAAUAAAAUACUUUAUAUUCACCAAAACUACAUAACAUUAUUCUUUGUAAAUAGUACCUGUGGUUUAAGAAAUUUCAUGGAUUAUGUAUUUUCUUUUACUUUGGUUUAUGAUCUUUAUCAUAAAUUUUCAUUUUACGUAUUUUGAUUUCUUCCAAAAUUCCAUCUCAUGCCUGAAUGUUUAUAUUUGGUGCAAUUUGAUUUGUGUGUGUGUAUGUGUGUGUGUGUGUGUGUGUGUGUGUGUGGGGAGGGGGUUGUUCUUUUAUUUUGUAACUUACAAGACGAGCAGUAAAAUGUUGGGCCUUGUGACUCAGAUUGAGAGCGGCUGCAUAAUACCUUCUCUUCACAUGUGGGGGUGAUUCAGUACAAACUCACUAGCCUCCACAUACAGUCUGUACUGUGCAUUCAUACAUUUAUUCAUUGAUUCCAUUGUACUUUCUUUUUUGUAUUUUGGAGAGGAGGGAGUUUCUUAGUAAAUAAGUUAGCUGUCAUCCAGUGUGGAUGGACCAAGCUUCUGUGACUAGAAUACAGGUAUAUUAGGCAGGUAAUGUAAAGUCAGUAAGUGAGUUUCUGCUGGGAAUUAUCUGAAGUAAGUGUGUAUGCCUUCCAGAUUCCUGUUCUUGAGCUACAAAAUUUGUUAUAUUUUUGUUGAACUCUUAAACUGUACAGUGUAAAAAAUUAAAUAAAUUUAUGAUGUUAAAUUUUGAACCAAUAAUCAGAAACUACUCUUGACUGAGUAAAUAACAACCCAGGGUACACAGACCACAUAAAAUUAUAUUGCACUCUUGUAUUAAAAUUGAAGGAUUAAUAUUUUUCAAAAUAUUGUAACUGUAAACCAUUCUUCCUAACCUUAACAUAACAUAAAUUUCCUGUAGUUGGUAGCUUAGAAACAGCAAUCCUAAUAGUAUUCAGUAUGAAGGGAGGUAUACUGUAUGCUUGCUUGCAGAUAAUGCUGACUGUUUCUAUGUUUGAACUACUGAGGUAAAAGGUGUUAGAACUAAUGAAAUUACACUAUUGAGAUCGGCUAUUGUGACUGUAAAAAUUGCAAGUAUGUGUGUGCUUGUGAUGUCAUGUGCUCACAGCUACCUAUCUGUUCAUGAGCUCCUGCCAGUCAUGUUGAUUAUUUGUGUUUACUAAACUAUUACUGCUAUAUAAAUACUUACUGAAAAUUUUGAAAAAACCGGACAUCUGAUAACAAAUGCACGCUCAGGCAUUAAAAGUCUCCACUCAUAUCUUUGUUUUCACCUCACAAGAACUCAUGUUAGUUGUGUAUGAAAUAAACAUUAUGGACCAAAAUAAAGUGACGUGUUUCACAGGCCAA